AUGGCUGCAGCAAGCUCUACUAAAGAGGCUGAUGGUGCCAUCCUGGACUGCGAGAAGGACAUGGAGAAAGAGGAGAAGGGAGCGGCAGGAGUGCCCUCAGGGACCCCCAAAUCUCCUGGAGCUCCACUGUCUCUGAGGAGGAAGGGCUGGGAUGAUGGCACCACAGGGUUCAAGGUACAGCUGCACCCACUGCUGACCAGGUGGGCUCUGUGGUUCUCCAAGAAUGAUCGAAGCCGAGCCUGGCAUGACAAUCUGCACCUAGUCACCAAGUUUGACACCGUGGAAGACUUCUGGGCGGUCUACAGCAACAUCACGCUGGCCAGCCAGCUAUCUAUAGGCUGCGACUAUGCCCUCUUCAAGGAGGGCAUAGAGCCCAUGUGGGAAGACUGCGCAAACAAGAGGGGAGGCCGCUGGCUACUCAGCCUGGACAGGCAGAAGCGCCACACACUUCUGGACCGCCUGUGGUUGGAGACGCUUUUGUGUCUGAUUGGGGAAAGCUUUGCAGAGCAUGGACCGGAAGUGUGUGGGGCUGUUAUCAAUAUUCGUACCAAGUGGGACAAGAUAGCCUUGUGGACCAAGGAGGCGGAGAACCAGGACCGAGUACUGCACAUUGGGCGUAUUUACAAAGAACAUCUGGGACUCUCCACCAAGGUCAUCAUCGGGUACCAGGCUCAUGCAGAUGCUGCUGUCAAGAGCAGUUCCUUAGCCAAAAACAAAUUCCUGGUGUGA